AUGGACCGCAUUAAGGAGAAACUGAACUCGCUUCGCGCAGAGGCUGAUGCUGCUCUUGAGCGCGCCGAAGUUGCGGAGGCCAAGAAUAAGGAGCUCGAACAAGACAACAUGGCCAAGGAGCAAGAGAUCUCGAGCCUUCAACACAAGUUGUCUGUCCUUGAGUCGGACCUUGACAGUGCUGAGUCGAAGCUUAGCGAGGCCAAGGUUGGAAAGGAAGAGGGUGAAAGUGCGAAGAGCAACGUGGAUAUCCUUCAGCGCCGCAUUGACAUGCUCGAGGAGCAGCUGGAUGAGACGGACAAGAACCUGAAAGAUGUGACGGAACGCCUCCGCCAGACUGAUGUCCGUGCUGAGCAGCUGGAGCGCCAGGUCCAGAGUGCAGAGCAGGAGCGUGACCAGUGGGAACAAAAGUACGAAGAGGCGCAAGAGAAGUACCAAGAGUCGAAGAGGGAGCUCGACGAGGUGGUCCAACAGAUGGAAAGCCUGUGA